AUGAAAUGGUUUGGAAAAAGUGUAUAUAGACCAGUAAAUGGAACCGAUUCAGAAGAUCAGAUUGAGGUAGAUCAAAUAUCUUUCACUAGUUCAUGUUCUUCGGGUGAAAUAGAUGAAGAAAAGGAGAAAAGUGUUGAUUUAAUUCGAUUUGAUGAUUUAGAAAUGAAUAUAAAUAUAAAUGAGCCAGGUUUGUGCUAAUCUAGAGAAAAAAAAACUAAGUAAUCAAGUUUAGGACCUUCUGAAAUAUCAAUGUUAUCAAUCGACAGUCCAAUAAACGAAAAUAGUUUGAAAAUACCAGAAUAUAAUGAGCCUACAACAAGUAAAGAAGUCUAUAAUGAAGGAUUAUUUGUUAGAAGUUCUAUUUUCUGGUUCAAUGACAAUGAAGUCGAUAAAUCGAAAUUAACUCUCCCAAUUUCAAAUCGUGGAAGAGUUUGUCGAUUUGAAAAUGAAGUUGAUGAUAAUCAUUUGGAAACAAUGUGUAGAGCAUUACAAAUAACAACUGGAAUAACAGAAAGAUCGAGGUGGUUGAAUGUUUUGGCGAAAAAUCCAGUUAUGGCGGAACUCGCUAGACAACUUGAUGAAGAUUUUGGAAAAGUUAUCGAAACAUCACCUUCAGAUAAUGAUAUUGAUCUAACUGGUUUUGAAAUGCGAACACCUUCGAAUUCAGUUUCAACUGUAGUUUCUUCAGUUUCAGGUUAAUAUUUUCAAAAUUCUAAAAUCUUAUAAAUCAACAAAAAAUUCAGGUUCUUUCAAAGCAAUUUCUCUAAACCAACAAACUUCUGUCGAACUCAGUCCGAAUCCCACCUUUUCUAAAGGAUUUAUUAGAACUGUUGUUCCUGCUCGUAAAGGAAUUGAUUCAAUAGAACUACGAAGAAAAGUGAAUGAAAGUGUGUCAUCAAUUUGUUCAGUAAUUGUAAAGAAAACUAUUGAAGUUGAUCCACCGAUUGAUAAAAGAAUGGUUGCGUGGAUGAGAGGAUUUGCAGAAGCUGACACGUGGAUUCCAGAGGUCAGUGGAAUAAAAUGUGAUAAAGAACAUAAUUGUUCCCGUGAAAAAAACAUCGAAAAACAAAAUAUACAGAAUAUUUUUUUUUUUUUUGAUUAGUGAUAAUGUAGAAUUGAGGGAGCACAGACACGAGAUUUUUGUCUAAAUUCUCUCAUUUUUACAUUGUCUCUAAGCAAAGAUAAUAAUCUGAAUAGUUUGUGUGUUUCUGUACAGGAAAAAUUAUGGUUUUUGUGAUUUUUCAUUUCAAAAAAUUAAUCUGAACAGGCUUUUGGCUUUUGGCUUGGGUAUCUAAUAGACAAUUCAAUUAGUGAUUUCAGAUUGCUCCAGCCAGUCGAAAACACGAUAAUUAUUCAUACGAAGUUCCACCUCUAAGUGAAGAUUGGAUAUUACACGUUCACAAACCGAUUGCACUUCGAGAAGGACUCGAAAAACAACAAUGGAAAUGUGCACAAUGUCGACAAUCUCUCACCAAUUCCCAUAUUCUCAAUGACAAAGAACUAUGUCCAAGAUUUUGUGAAUAUUACGGUUUCUAUUUUUGCACACUUUGUCAUGGUGGAGACAAAAGUAUUAUUCCGUCCAAAAUUAUUUCGCUCUGGAAUUUUCAAGAAGCGCUCGUUUGUGAUAGAGCUUACAGGUUUGGAAUUUUUUUUAUAAAAACGUCUUUUGAAAAAAUUAAAAAUAAUUUCGUGUUUUUCUAGAUUUUUGCGCGCUGUGCGCGAACUGCCGGUUUUUCGGAUUCGAGAAAUAUCUGGUGAUUUGAUCAAGAAAAAUAAAUCGCUUCGAAAUGUGAUUGAUUUGCGAGCUAAAUUGAAAGAUAUGGAACAAUAUAUAAAGAUUUGUGUAUCUGCUUCGGAACAAGUUACGGAUUUUGGAAAUUUGGGAACAAUGUUUGCAUCGCUGGAUCGAUAUUUAUUGGAAUCUGACGAUUUAUUUUCACUUAAUGAUUUAUUACGGGUUUAUAAUAAGGUAAAUUUUUUGUUUAUAAUAAGGUAAAUUUUUUGUUUAUAAUAAGGUAAAUUUGUUGUUAAAAUGAUGUAUACAAUGUUCUGUUCACAGUUCUAUUCACAUCAGAAAUAAUAAUUGCCUUGAAAAUUUUGCCUCAAAAUACGUUUCAAAAAAUCCAAAAAGAUAUUGUCAUUCCGAAAAUAAAAGAACCCCCGUUUGAAUUGGCGGUCACGUACAGUAGACCAUAUAUGUAAACCCUCUCAUAAUUAGGAGAGGGGGGUUAUGACAAUUCAGGUCUUUUUCCGAGGGGGAGGUCAUGACAUUUUGCAAAAAAAUCAUUCAAAAGAGAUCCAUGAAACAAGAUUUGAAAAAAUUUUGUUUCUUGAAUCUCUAAAAAAUUUUCAAUUUUUUCAAAAAAUUUAAAAAAAAAGGUGUGCUGGCACUCGGAAUCGAACCUGUCCCCUACUGCGCGAUGCAAGCGCCUUGUACCACUCGCACAUUUGAACCGUUGGAAACGCGUUGCGUUUUCCAGAGACAUUCUGGAUGAAAACGAUGUUUUGAGGAGGGGGUCAUUCUGGGGUCAAAUUUUUAACACACAAAAAAAUCAGAUUUUUCAGAAAUUUUUAAUUUUUUUUGAGUUUUCGGUGGUCUAUCGUAAUGAAACUUUGGCUAACCUAGUUUUAACAUGUAUAGUACGGAUUUUAGCUAUUUUUCUCAGUUUUGGAGCCUAAUAAACUGAAUUAUGACCACCCCCAUAAUUCGGAGCAAAAAUCGUGAUUUUAGGGGGGUGGUCAUAAAUCGGAGAUUUUGGGCUCUGGACCUCUAGAGAUGAUUAAUAAGUGAUUAACACGUUCUAAACUUAUAUUGCGGGGGUGAUAGGUCUAGUACUUCGCAUUGCGAACCUCUAGAAAUGACUGAUAAGUGAUUUUCGUGCUCUGAAGUAAUAUAUGAAAAUAUAUUACUGGUCAACCUCUCAAAAAUAAUAUGAGACAUCAGGAACACGCAAAGUUUCAUUAUGGUAGACUACCAAAAACUUCAAUAAAAUUAACUUUUCUUCAAAAAUCCUAUUUUUUGUGUGUUAGAAAUAGGGUUGGAAAAACAAUACACGGUACACGAAUACACGCGAUACACGAAUACACGGAUACACGAAUACACGCAAUACACGAAUACACGGAUACACGAAUACACGGAUACACGAAUACACUGUACACGAAUACACGGUUUUCUUCUCUUCUCAAGCAAUUCAGAAAAAAGCGUGUAUUCGUGUAUUUUUUUCCAACCCUAGUUAGAAAAAUUUAACUUGCGAAUGAUCUUCACAUCAAGAAUUAGUAUACAUCCAGAACGUCAUUCGAAAACAUCAACAUGUUCUCAUUGGUCCAAAUCAUCGAGUGAUACAAGGCGAUUAACGGUUAUUUCUAAAAAAAUGUAGCGAAAGAGAUUUUUGGCUCGAAAUUUUUGAAAAUUUUUAUACGUGGAUUUUUUUGAAAUUUUUAAGGGGGGUCAUGACAAAUGAAAAUUUCUAAGAGGGGGAGGUCAUGACAUUUAGGGUACUAUGAGCGGAGAUGCCAUGUAUGCAGUAGACUAAAAAUGACGUGACACAUGCAUAUCAAACUGGUUGGCAAAUAGCCAACGUGUAAAUUUCGCAUUUUAUUUUUCAAAUAGACUCCAAAAUUUUGCGAAGUCUACUGUAGUCUUGGUGUCCUAGGCCAUUUCGGUUCUCUUCCAAGUUCUUAUUUUUUUCGGAAUGACAAUAGUUCAAUUGAUGAGAUCAUCGAUGUUUCAUCAUUUGACAAUGUUCUGUUUACAUCAUCCUAAAUUAGGAUUAAUGAUAUCUGUAAAAAAAUUUUUGUGAAAAAUACUACAAGAACAUCUUGGCUGAGUUUGCGGUUUCAAAACAGUAAAAAUCACCAGAGCCGCGUCUUGAGAACUACUAUGUCAAGUAGUCGACCCUAGAAACUUAACUUAUCAAGGUUCAGCGCCUAGAUAUCCUAGUUUUUAAGUGGCCGUGCCUAUGGAGCUUUUUUGUUAAAGAAACUUGAGAGAAAAUUGAAAAUGUCUCACAAAAAAAUGUUUAAUGUGGUGACUCAUGUUUGAAGAAAAUAAUUUUCUAAGAACAAAAAAAUUUCGAUUUAGAAAAUUCCAGAAAAUAUUUGUCCUCUACAUACAAAUACACAUUCCAGGAUCUUCUAAAUCUUCUGGAACCGAUCGCAAAACAUUCUCGUGCUCAUAUUCUACGAUGUAAUCGAUGUUCAGAUGAUGCAAAAGUUUGUGUGAAGUGCAAUGAUUUGACUGAUAAAUUAUUUCCGUUUGAAGAAAGAGUUGCAAGGUUGGUUACUUCUAGGAAUGCCUAGUUUUUCAAAUAACCCAAUAAACUCACAUUUUUUUAAAUUUAUAAUAUUUGUAACUGGUUAGAAAUGAAGUGGAAUCGUGAAAUGAGCGGAAAAAUUUCUACGGAACGUGAAAAAUUGGUGAAUUUAAAGGUGGAGUCCGAGCAAAAAAUAAGUUGUGCUAAUUUGAAAGAGCAUGUUGCAAUUAGUACAAUCCUCGAAGGAUUUUUUCUGAAAGCUUCUCUAACAUUAGAGAAACACAGCUCCAAACGGUUGGAGAUAUGGAGUUUCAAGCCAUUUUACACGGUGUUUCACUGUUUUUUCGAACUUUGUAAUUUUUUAACCAAUUUUUGAGAAGCUUCCAGAAAAAUCCUUCGAGGAUUGUACUAAUUAGAACAUGCUCUUUCAAAUGAGCACAACUUAAUUUUUGCUCGGACUCCACCUUUAAAUAUUUAAAAUCAAAACGUGAUAAUUUUGAGUUAAUUUUUAAUCUCGAGAACAAAGUAAAAAUUCAGGAUUUCCAAGUUUCCAUUUACAGAAAGUGUAAGCUCUUAACUUUUUAAAUAGUAGACUAGUUCUUGUAUAUUUAAAGAAAUCCAUUUCAAAUUCAGAUGCAUUGGUUGUGGUGGUUUAUCACAUGCUCCAAAAUGCCCACGCCGUGAUGUUCCAAAAGAUAGUUCAUGUCCAAAAUGUGCUCGACUUCUCAAAAGCCGUCCAGCUCCCCAACGACAACAACCCCGCCUUUUAUCAUUUUCGACCGGUGGUAAUUAA